AUGUUUUUCAUUUUUCGUUCGAAUUUUCUGAGACAGAGUGAUGGACGUUUUCAAGCAGAUGUGAUUGUUAUUCCCAUUUCAAGUGUUCUUGGACUUUCAGUUCCUUGUGCCGAACUGCAACAUCACUGGCGAUAUAUUUCUGUUAGAAAUUUUAAUACGAAAGCUUUUGUAAACCUCAAAAGUCGAGAAGAUUUACACAGCAACGAGUAA